UUUAAUUAAACGUGAUCCUGAAUCGUACAAAGAAGAAUUUCUUCAACAACAUAAUCACUUUAAAUCCUUCUUGGAAGUAUUUCGAUUGAAUCCCGAGAAAUUCGAUAAAGAUCUUGAUGUUGUGUCUAUGUUUCUUGCCCAGGUUUGAGAAAAGAUAAGUUCGUCGAGCAAGUGGGCAAAAAUUUUGUUACCUUUGUCAAAAUUUUUCAUCAUCGUUAAUAUCAAAAAAGAAAAGAAUUAAUCAUGGAGGAGUGUAUUGAAGCUCUUGGUGAAACGAUAGUUUGUCGAGAUAAUCUAAUUCGACAAUUUUAUGGUUUAAUCGCACCGAAUGAACAAUUGCCGGAGAAUAUUUUUGCCUACGGUCAUAUUGCGAGUGGAAAAUCACUAAUUAUUCAGAGUAUCGUGAAACAUUUAAAGUACAAAUACUCGGUAAUAAAUUGCGUUGAUCAUUUAACCAAUAAACAUAUGUUCGAGGACAUUCUCAUGGAUCUCACCGGAACAUCAUUGAAAUCAGAGGAUAAUUUUAAAUCUCCAUUCAAAGUCGAUUCGAUAAUGGAUUUUAUUUACAGUCUACGCUUUGAAUUCAUCAACAAUGAGCCAAUAAUUAUCAUUUUCGAUAAAUGUGAAUAUCUACGUGAUAAACCAAAACUACUUCUCGCUCUUCUACGUCUUCGUGAAUUAUCCCAAAUUAACGUAUGUCCAAUUUUCAUCACCGAUCUCACCUGGGAUAAAUUCUUCUCCAUCAUUAAAUUAAAAUUGCCAAUUAAAUUUCACUUUCCACCGUAUACAAAACAGGAAUUAUCGAGAAUUUUACUAUUCUACAAACCUGAGGAUUAUGAUGAAGGAUUUUACGAAAAUUUCCUCGAUCUAUUCAUGUCCGUAUUUUAUCAAUUUUGUCGUGAUCUCAAUGAAUUGCGUUACAUGGCGUCGAUUAAUUUCGAAAAAUACGUUGAACCGAUUAAAAAUGGCAAAUAUACGAUUGAAGAUACUAAGCAACUUUGGUUUGAUGUAAAGAAGGUGUUUCAGAAGAAUUUAGAAGUUAUUUAUUUACGUGUCCAAUCGAGUGAUUUUGUUCAAGAUACAAAAAUUGCUAAUGAAAUUGGUUCAAUAUCAAAAUUGGCAUUGAGUUUCGAACUUCCGGUCUAUGGGAAACAUAUUUUGAUAGCGUCAUUUUUGGCCUCGUAUAAUCCAGUGAAGGAGGACAAGUAUUUAUUUAUGAAGGGAACGAAGAAGAGGAAAAAAAGAGCUCACGUCAUUAAGAAGAAACAAGUUCUUACUACACAAACGGGACCGAAGAGUUUUCCACUUCAGAGAAUGUUGAUGAUAUUUUGUUGUAUUGUCGAGGACAAUGUUGACAUAAAUACGAAAAUUCUUUCACAAAUUCCAACCAUGUGCGAAUUGGGAUUAUUGACACCUGUCGGCGAAUCGAAUAUUGACGAACCAAAAUACAAAUGUUGCGUGAGCUACGAUUUUGCGACAGUUAUUUCCAAGUCUAUUAAUUUUGAAUUGAAAAAUUAUCUCUACGACUUUAUUCACUAGUAUUUUAUUUUAUUUUAUACUCGAUUUAAUUCAUUUUAUUCUACAUCGAAAAUUUCAUUUUUCGUUAACUUAUUUAUUAAUCGUAAAUCGUAAUUACAAUCGACUGCUUAAUUUAUUAUCUUUCUAAUCUACGAAUAACGUUUUUUACUUUUGUACAAUUUUUUGCAAAUAAAAGUACUUGAGAAAAAUAUCGUUUCUUUUAAAAGUGGCUACAAAUUUCCUGUGAAUGUAUUGAAAAUAAAUUUUGUUUUAAACUCCAAGGUGGCCCAUUGUUAUCCAGAU